GCCUCAUAAGAAUCCAUCACCUCCGAACACACAGAACCAUAUCUGGACUUCCUUCUCUACAGUCCAAACCUUUCUCUUUCUUACUUUCCCUCCCUCCAUACGCGGACCACCCGCCUAUUGCUCUCGUCAUGUCUGGUUUACGGUUUCUGGAUAUCAUCAAGCCCUUCGUGCCGUACCUCCCUGAGGUUGCGGCACCGGAGCGGAAGGUGCCCUUUCAGCAGCGCAUGAUGUGGACAGGUUUGACAUUGCUGAUCUUCUUGGUCAUGAGUCAAAUGCCACUAUACGGAAUUGUGUCCUCAGAUUCAUCCGAUCCGCUAUACUGGUUGCGAAUGAUGAUGGCGAGUAAUCGAGGAACGUUAAUGGAGCUCGGUAUAUCGCCAAUCAUCUCGUCCGGAAUGAUCUUCCAGCUGCUUGCCGGUACCCACAUGAUCGAUGUCAACCUCGACCUGAAGUCCGACCGUGAGCUGUACCAGACUGCCCAGAAACUCUUCGCUAUCAUCCUCUCUCUCGGACAGGCUACCGUCUACGUUCUUACCGGACUCUACGGACAGCCUAGCGACCUCGGAGCCGGCAUUUGCUUGCUUUUGGUUCUGCAGCUUGUUGUCGCCGGAUUGAUCGUCAUUCUGUUGGACGAGCUCCUCCAGAAGGGCUACGGAUUGGGAUCUGGUAUCUCGCUCUUCAUUGCCACCAACAUUUGCGAGAGCAUUGUCUGGAAGGCGUUCUCCCCGACCACCAUCAACACCGGCCGUGGACCCGAGUUCGAGGGAGCCGUCAUCGCUCUCUUCCACCUGCUCCUGACCUGGGACAACAAGGGCCGCGCGCUCAAGGAGGCCUUCUACCGCCAGAACCUCCCCAACGUGAUGAGUCUCAUCGCGACCCUCGUCGUCUUCGCCGCGGUCAUCUACCUCCAAGGCUUCCGCGUCGAAAUCCCCGUCAAGUCGAGCAAGUACCGUGGCUCGCGCGGAACCUACCCCGUCCGCCUGUUCUACACCAGCAACAUGCCGAUCAUGCUGCAGUCCGCUCUGAGCUCCAACGUGUUCCUCGUUUCGCAGAUGCUGUAUUCCCGCUUCUCCGACAACAUCCUGGUCCGUCUCCUCGGCGUCUGGGAGCCCAAGGAGGGCUCUGCGCAACUCUUUGCUACCUCCGGAAUCGCGUACUACAUGUCACCUCCCUUGAACUUCACCGACGCGCUCCUCGACCCCGUCCACACCGCGCUCUACAUCAUCUUCAUGCUCGGAGCCUGCGCCAUCUUUUCCAAGACCUGGAUUGAAGUCUCCGGUUCCAGCCCCCGCGACGUCGCCAAGCAGCUUAAGGAGCAGGGUCUCGUUAUGGCCGGACACCGUGAACAGUCCAUGUAUAAGGAACUCAAGCGCGUCAUCCCUACCGCCGCCGCCUUCGGUGGUGCCUGCAUCGGUGCGCUCUCUGUUGUCUCGGAUCUUAGUGGGGCCCUUGGUUCCGGAACUGGUAUCUUGUUGGCUGUAACCAUUAUCUACGGAUACUUCGAGAUCGCGGCGAAGGAGGGAGAGCUCGGUGGUGUUGGGCAGUUCAUUUCAUAGAUUCUCAGUUGGGACUAAAAUUUCCAUGGGUGUUAACGAAGUGGGUGGGGUGUAAUAAGGUUGAUUUUUCGCGCUUUUCUGUUUCCAUUCGCUUUUUUGUAUGAAUGUAGAAGAAACAAAACCUCUAUGACUAUGUGAGCGAUGCUGUCUCGGCGGA